GUCUCGGAGGGUUUUGCUCAAUUCAAUUCUUACACGGUUCAUCGCUCUUUCAUGGACACGAUUGAUUUCUGAAGUGAACAGCUUACCAGAGCUAUUUUUAGAUCCCCCACUCUCCAACUUACCGUGUCACCACUGCGUUAACCUCGAAGCUCUUUGGCAAUUCGAAAAUGGCGAAGGCCGCUCCCGAUUCACAGAGUAACAGUGCAGCAGUGCAAGCCACCAACGACGAUGCCUCUGCCAGUAAAUUAUCAUGUGUUAGAAAGGGCUACAUGAAAGACGAUUUCAUACACCUUUUUGUAAGAAGGCCUGUUAAGAGAUCUCCAAUUAUUAAUCGAGGUUAUUUUGCCCGUUGGGCUGCACUGAGGAAGCUCCUCUUUCAAUUCCUCAAUGUUGAUAGUAACACAGAGGAACAUACAAAGAAGCAGAUAUUGUCGCUUGGGGCUGGCUUUGAUACAACGUAUUUCCAAUUGCAGAAUGAGGGUAAUGCACCGCAUUUAUAUGUGGAGUUGGACUUCAAGGAGGUGACUACUAAGAAAGCUGCAAUAAUUGAAGCCUGUAGUCAGUUGAGAGAAAAACUCAGUGGAACAGUAUCUAUAUCCCAAGAAAAAGGAGAAGUCCAUAGCGAUCACUACAAGCUACUCCCUGUUGACUUGCGUGAUAUUGAUAAGUUAAAUGAUGUAUUGGCUAUUGCUGGUAUGGAUCCCAGUUUGCCGACAUUUAUAAUUGCAGAAUGCGUUUUGAUAUACGUGGAUCCAGAUUUGAGUCAGGCUAUAGUUGGUUGGGCAUCAAAAGCAUUUUCAACAGCAAUAUUCUUUUUAUAUGAGCAGAUUCAUCCAGAUGAUGCCUUCGGCCAACAAAUGAUCAGAAAUUUAGAGAGUCGAGGCUGUGCUUUGUUGGGUAUCAAUGCUACACCAACAUUACUUGCAAAGAAAAAGCUUUUUCUUGACCAAGGAUGGCAGACAGCUGCAGCAUGGGACAUGCUGAAAGUGUAUAAUAACUUGAUCGAAGCUCAAGAAAGGCGAAGAAUUGAACGGCUGGAGUUAUUUGAUGAAUUUGAGGAGUGGUACAUGAUGCAGGAGCAUUACUGCGUGGCCUAUGCAAUCAAUGAUUCCCUGGGGCUUUUUGGGAAUUUUGGCUUUCCCCGAGACCCGAACGCGCUUGACCCUCCCUCACCAGCAUGAGACAUACAGAGCUUCCUUCUGGCUACUGCAGCUGCUGGCAAUGCUCUGAUUGACUCUAUCUCUGUAUAAGUAUGUUGAUAUUCAUUUGUUUGAGCUGCUGGGGGUUUAAUAUUGAUUGAAUAAAUCUGUUCUUUUUCCCUCUUGUUCUUGAUUGAGUUUGUUCCAGAUGUUUGGAAAGUGGAACAUAGUGGGUCCCUUGAGUUGAAGCAUGUAGUAAUUAAUGGCUAUUUUGACUUGUGGGGACUGUGGCAUGUGCCAAACAUAAUGCGCCAUUGUUGCCCUCUUUGCUUUAUUGCUCCACUUCUCUUUUUCUCGUCUCUUUUUAGUUUGUUGGGAUUGGAUCAAAGAGAUUAUGCCUCAAAUUCACACUUUAUGUGCUCAAUUAUGCCUAUAUUUUUAUAUGUUCUA